AGUUCUGCUGCGAUCGCGCCACUGCGCACUACGUAACGCUUCGGGAAUCGCACAUCCAGAUCCAGAUUCAGAUCCACAUCCAGAUAUCUGUGACAUUUUGUCGAUUUCGUUUUCAGUCAAAUGCGGCACUAAAAUGUUAAUUCAGCCAAAGCAAACAACGAUUAUCGAGUGAAAUAGGAAUCGAACGCCACAAAUCGCGAACUCGGGGUGAAGAUCGAGUGCCUCGAUGACUAUGUUUUGGCAACAAAAUGUAGACCACCAGUCGGAUGAGCAGGACAAACAGGCGAAGGGUGCGGCGCCCACAAAGAGAUUGAACAUCAGCUUCAAUGUGAAGAUCGCGGUGAAUGUGAAUACCAAGAUGACCACCACCCACAUCAAUCAGCAGGCACCUGGCACCUCCUCCUCCUCGUCGAACUCCCAGAAUGCCUCACCCAGCAAGAUUGUGGUCCGCCAGCAGAGCAGCUCCUUCGAUCUACGUCAGCAAUUGGCUCGCUUAGGCCGCCAAUUGGCCAGUGGCCAGGAUGGCCAUGGCGGCAUAUCCACCAUACUGAUCAUCAAUCUUCUCCUGCUCAUUCUACUCUCGAUCUGCUGCGAUGUCUGCCGAUCGCACAACUAUACGGUGCACCAGAGUCCCGAACCCGUCUCCAAAGACCAAAUGCGCCUGCUGCGUCCCAAGCUGGACAGCGAUGUGGUCGAGAAGGUGGCCAUCUGGCACAAGCACGCCGCCGCAGCUCCGCCAAGCAUUGUCGAGGGCAUCGCCAUCAGCAGCAGGCCACAGUCAACGAUGGCCCAUCAUCCAGAUGAUCGAGAUCGGGAUCGUGAUCCUUCGGAGGAACAGCAUGGCGUCGACGAGCGAAUGGUCCUGGAACGCGUGACCAGGGAUUGUGUGCAGCGCUGCAUUGUUGAGGAGGAUCUGUUUCUGGACGAAUUUGGAAUACAGUGCGAAAAGGCGGACAAUGGCGAGAAGUGCUACAAAACACGAUGCACCAAGGGCUGUGCCCAGUGGUAUCGCGCCCUCAAGGAGCUGGAGUCCUGCCAGGAGGCCUGCCUGUCCCUCCAGUUCUACCCGUACGACAUGCCCUGCAUCGGUGCCUGCGAGAUGGCCCAGCGGGACUACUGGCACCUCCAGCGACUGGCCAUCAGCCACCUGGUGGAGCGGACGCAGCCGCAGCUGGAGCGAGCUCCUCGGGCGGACGGACAGUCCACGCCACUGACCAUCCGCUGGGCGAUGCACUUUCCGGAACACUACCUGGCCAGCAGACCCUUCAACAUUCAGUACCAGUUUGUGGAUCACCACGGCGAGGAGCUGGAUCUCGAGCAGGAAGACCAGGAUGCAUCCGGAGAGACGGGUUCCAGUGCCUGGUUUAACUUAGCCGAUUACGACUGUGACGAGUAUUAUGUGUGCGAGAUACUGGAGGCCCUGAUACCCUACACACAAUACAGGUUCCGAUUUGAGUUGCCUUUCGGCGAGAAUAGAGACGAAGUCCUCUACUCUCCGGCCACGCCCGCCUACCAAACGCCACCCGAGGGCGCGCCCAUCUCGGCUCCGGUCAUCGAGCAUCUGAUGGGUCUCGACGACAGCCACCUGGCUGUCCACUGGCAUCCCGGUCGCUUCACCAAUGGACCCAUCGAGGGUUACCGCCUGCGUUUGAGUUCCUCGGAGGGAAACGCUACAAGUGAACAGCUGGUUCCGGCCGGACGAGGUAGCUACAUCUUUUCCCAGCUACAAGCCGGCACCAACUAUACCCUGGCGCUGAGCAUGAUCAACAAACAGGGUGAGGGUCCGGUGGCCAAGGGAUUUGUGCAGACUCACUCCGCUCGAAAUGAAAAGCCUGCCAAGGAUCUGACAGAAAGUGUCCUGCUCGUCGGACGAAGGGCUGUGAUGUGGCAAUCGCUGGAACCGGCUGGUGAGAACUCCAUGAUCUAUCAAUCUCAGGAGGAAUUGGCUGAUAUCGCCUGGUCAAAGCGGGAGCAACAACUGUGGCUGCUCAACGUCCAUGGAGAGUUGCGCAGCUUAAAAUUUGAAUCCGGCCAGAUGGUGAGUCCAGCGCAGCAGCUCAAGCUGGAUCUGGGAAACAUAUCCAGUGGAAGAUGGGUUCCUCGCAGAUUGAGCUUCGACUGGCUGCAUCAUCGACUGUACUUCGCUAUGGAGUCGCCAGAGCGAAACCAAUCCAGCUUUCAGAUUAUCAGCACAGAUUUGCUGGGUGAAUCAACGCAGAAAGUGGGCGAGUCCUUUGAUCUGCCCGUUGAGCAGUUGGAAGUGGAUGCCCUGAAUGGCUGGAUUUUCUGGAGGAACGAGGAGUCGCUGUGGCGUCAGGAUCUGCAUGGUCGAAUGAUCCAUCGCCUGUUGAGGAUCAGGCAGCCCGGUUGGUUCCUGGUGCAGCCACAACACUUCAUCAUCCAUCUAAUGCUUCCACAGGAGGGUAAAUUCCUAGAGAUAAGCUACGAUGGUGGGUUCAAGCAUCCACUGCCGCUACCACCGCCUUCGAAUGGAGCUGGAAAUGGACCUGCAUCCAGCCAUUGGCAAAGCUUUGCCCUGUUGGGUCGCUCCCUGCUCCUGCCCGAUUCUGGUCAGCUGAUCCUGGUUGAGCAGCAGGGUCAGGCAGCCAGUCCCAGUGCCUCAUGGCCUCUAAAGAACUUGCCCGACUGUUGGGCCGUGAUACUCCUGGUGCCGGAAAGCCAACCACUGACCAGCGCUGGAGGAAAACCGCACAGCUUGAAGGCCUUGCUGGGAGCCCAGGCGGCAAAGAUCUCGUGGAAGGAGCCGGAACGCAAUCCCUACCAAUCGGCGGAUGCAGCACGCAGCUGGAGCUACGAACUGGAAGUGCUUGAUGUGGCCAGCCAAAGUGCCUUUAGCAUUCGCAAUAUUCGUGGACCCAUCUUUGGACUGCAGCGCCUGCAGCCGGAUAAUCUCUAUCAACUGCGAGUUAGGGCAAUAAACGUGGAUGGAGAGCCGGGCGAGUGGACUGAACCGUUGGCUGCCCGCACCUGGCCACUGGGUCCACAUCGCUUGAGAUGGGCCAGCCGGCAGGGAAGCGUCAUUCAUACCAACGAGCUGGGCGAGGGCUUGGAAGUGCAGCAGGAACAGUUGGAGCGACUACCCGGACCCAUGACCAUGGUGAAUGAAAGCGUGGGCUACUACGUCACUGGCGACGGUCUACUGCACUGCAUCAAUCUGGUGCACAGCCAGUGGGGAUGCCCAAUCUCGGAGCCACUGCAGCACGUGGGCUCGGUGACUUACGACUGGCGGGGCGGAAGAGUUUAUUGGACGGAUCUGGCCAGGAAUUGCGUGGUGCGCAUGGAUCCAUGGUCGGGCAGUCGGGAACUGUUGCCCGUCUUCGAGGCCAACUUCCUGGCAUUGGAUCCGCGUCAAGGCCACCUGUACUAUGCCACCAGCUCUCAGCUGUCGCGACAUGGUUCCACGCCCGAUGAAGCGGUCACUUAUUAUCGUGUUAAUGGGCUGGAGGGAAGCAUCGCCUCCUUUGUGCUGGACACCCAGCAGGAUCAGCUCUUCUGGCUUGUUAAAGGCUCUGGUGCACUGCGUUUGUAUCGUGCGCCCCUGACAGCUGGCGGGGAUUCACUGCAGAUGAUCCAGCAGAUUAAAGGCGUCUUUCAGGCUGUCCCGGACAGUUUGCAGCUUCUGCGGCCCUUGGGCGCACUUCUUUGGCUGGAGCGGAGUGGCAGGAGAGCUCGCUUGGUCCGCCUGGCUGCUCCUCUGGAUGUCAUGGAGCUACCGACACCGGACCAGGCCUCUCCUGCCUCCGCAUUGCAAUUAUUGGACCCACAACCAUUGCCUCCGCGGGAUGAGGGGGUUAUUCCAAUGACCGUGCUCCCGGAUAGCGUGCGUCUGGACGAUGGCCACUGGGACGACUUCCAUGUGCGCUGGCAGCCAUCCACUUCCGGUGGCAAUCACAGCGUCUCCUAUCGUCUGCUCCUCGAGUUUGGCCAAAGACUACAAACCUUGGAUUUGAGCACACCAUUUGCCCGGCUGACCCAAUUGCCGCAGGCUCAAUUGCAGCUAAAGAUCAGCAUCACACCGCGAACCGCGUGGCGAAGUGGAGACACCACUCGGGUGCAGCUCACCACCCCGCCGGUGGCUCCUAGUCAGCCUCGUCGUCUGCGCGUGUUCGUGGAGCGCUUGGCCACUGCCCUGCAGGAGGCUAAUGUGAGUGCUGUGCUCCGCUGGGAUGCGCCGGAACAGGGUCAGGAGGCGCCGAUGCAGGCGCUGGAGUAUCACAUCAGCUGUUGGGUGGGCUCAGAGCUGCACGAGGAGUUGCGCCUCAAUCAGAGUGCCCUGGAGGCCCGCGUAGAGCACCUGCAACCGGAUCAGACGUACCACUUCCAGGUGGAGGCACGUGUGGCUGCCACGGGAGCGGCAGCGGGCGCAGCUAGUCAUGCCCUCCAUGUGGCACCGGAGGUGCAGGCGGUGCCACGCGUACUCUACGCCAAUGCAGAGUUUAUUGGCGAACUGGACCUGGACACACGGAAUCGCAGGCGACUGGUGCACACGGCCAGUCCGGUUGAGCAUCUGGUGGGGAUCGAGGGAGAGCAGCGAUUGCUGUGGGUCAACGAGCACGUGGAGCUGCUCACCCAUGUCCCGGGAUCAGCUCCAGCAAAGCUGGCCAGAAUGAGGGCCGAGGUCUUGGCACUGGCCGUGGACUGGAUACAGCGUAUCGUCUACUGGGCGGAACUGGAUGCUACUGCACCGCAGGCGGCGAUAAUCUAUCGCCUGGAUCUGUGCAACUUUGAAGGGAAGAUCCUGCAGGGCGAGCGGGUGUGGAGCACUCCCAGGGGACGGUUGCUGAAGGAUCUGGUGGCCCUGCCACAGGCGCAAUCUCUGAUCUGGUUGGAGUACGAGCAGGGAUCUCCGAGAAAUGGUUCGCUCCGGGGCAGAAAUCUAACCGAUGGCUCGGAGCUGGAGUGGGCAACGGUUCAGCCGCUAAUCCGUCUGCAUGCUGGAAGCUUAGAGCCCGGAUCGGAGACCUUGAACCUGGUGGACAACCAGGGCAAGCUGUGUGUCUACGAUGUGGCCCGUCAGCUGUGCACGGCCAGCGCUUUGCGGGCACAGCUGAACUUGCUGGGCGAGGACUCCAUUGCUGGUCAGUUGGCCCAGGAUUCGGGAUACCUUUACGCCGUGAAAAACUGGAGCAUUCGUGCUUAUGGUCGCCGGCGCCAGCAGCUGGAGUAUACGGUGGAACUGGAGCCGGAAGAGGUGCGUCUGCUCCAGGCACACAACUAUCAGGCCUAUCCGCCCAAGAACUGUCUGCUCCUUCCUUCAUCCGGCGGAUCCCUUUUGAAAGCUACCGAUUGUGAGGAGCAGAGAUGCCUAUUACACUUACCCAUGAUCACAGCCUCCGAAGAUUGUCCACUGCCUAUUCCUGGCGUUAGAUACCAACUGAAUCUUACGUUGGCCAAGGAGCCGGGAUCCGAGGAGCACGAUCAUGGGAUGGAGCCCCUGGGACAGUGGCUGCUCGGUGCUGGGGAAUCGUUGAAUCUUACAGACCUGCUGCCCUUCACCCGUUAUCGCGUGUCUGGAAUUUUGAGCAGCUUUUACCAAAAGAAGUUGGCAUUACCCACCUUGGUGUUGGCACCACUGGAGCUCCUUACCGCCUCUGCCACGCCCUCGCCUCCAAGGAACUUCAGUGUUCGUGUGCUUAGUCCCAGGGAACUGGAGGUCAGCUGGUUGCCGCCGGAGCAGCUGCGUAGCGAAAGUGUCUACUACACGCUCCACUGGCAACAGGAACUGGAUGGUGAAAAUGUCCAGGAUCGGCGGGAAUGGGAGGCACAUGAGCGGCGACUGGAGACGGCGGGCACUCAUCGAUUGACUGGAAUCAAGCCGGGAUCUGGGUAUAGCCUGUGGGUUCAGGCCCAUGCCACGCCCACCAAGAGCAACAGCAGCGAGCGGCUGCAUGUGCGUAGUUUCGCCGAAUUACCCGAGUUGCAGCUCCUGGAACUGGGACCCUAUUCUCUGAGUCUCACCUGGGCGGGAACACCGGAUCCACUGGGAUCGCUGCAGCUCGAAUGCCGAUCGUCGGCUGAGCAACUGCGUCGCAAUGUGGCCGGAAAUCACACUAAGAUGGUGGUGGAGCCAUUGCAGCCACGCACCCGCUACCAGUGUCGCCUGCUCCUGGGCUAUGCGGCGACGCCGGGAGCUCCACUGUACCAUGGCACUGCAGAGGUGUACGAAACUCUGGGAGAUGCGCCCAGUCAGCCGGGCAAGCCACAAUUGGAGCACAUCGCUGAGGAGGUUUUCCGUGUCACCUGGACGGCGGCCCGCGGUAAUGGAGCACCCAUUGCUCUCUACAAUCUGGAGGCACUCCAGGCGAGGAGCGACAUUCGCCGGAGGCGCAGAAGAAGGCGCCGCAAUAGCGGUGGAUCACUAGAGCAGUUGCCGUGGGCUGAGGAACCGGUGGUCGUGGAGGAUCAGUGGCUGGACUUCUGCAACACCACCGAGCUGAGCUGCAUUGUGAAGAGUCUGCAUUCGAGCAGGUUGCUCCUCUUCCGUGUGCGUGCGCGGAGCUUGGAGCACGGAUGGGGACCUUACAGCGAGGAGAGCGAACGGGUGGCGGAGCCCUUCGUUUCGCCGGAGAAGAGAGGAUCACUGGUCCUGGCCAUCAUUGCGCCGGCUGCCAUCGUUUCCAGCUGCGUUCUGGCAUUGGUGCUCGUUCGAAAAGUUCAAAAGCGACGACUGCGUGCCAAGAAACUGCUUCAGCAGAGCCGUCCCAGCAUCUGGAGCAACCUGUCCACCUUGCAGACGCAACAGCAGCUGAUGGCCGUCAGGAAUCGCGCCUUCUCCACCACGCUGAGUGAUGCGGACAUCGCUCUGCUGCCCCAAAUUAAUUGGAGUCAACUGAAGUUGCUCCGAUUUCUUGGCAGCGGUGCUUUUGGUGAGGUAUACGAGGGUCAGUUGAAGACGGAGGACUCCGAGGAGCCGCAACGAGUGGCCAUCAAGAGCCUGCGCAAGGGAGCCAGUGAAUUUGCCGAGCUGCUUCAGGAGGCUCAGCUGAUGAGCAACUUCAAGCACGAGAACAUUGUGUGCCUGGUGGGAAUCUGCUUCGACACCGAGUCCAUAUCUCUGAUUAUGGAGCACAUGGAAGCGGGCGACUUGCUAAGCUACCUACGUGCCGCCAGGGCUACCAGCACCCAGGAGCCACAACCCACUGCUGGACUCUCGCUCUCCGAGCUCCUGGCCAUGUGCAUUGAUGUGGCCAACGGCUGCAGUUAUCUGGAGGACAUGCACUUUGUGCAUCGCGACCUGGCCUGCCGGAACUGUUUGGUCACGGAAUCGACGGGCAGCACGGAUCGUCGGCGCACCGUGAAGAUUGGUGACUUCGGAUUGGCGAGGGACAUCUACAAGAGCGACUACUACCGAAAGGAGGGCGAGGGCCUGCUACCGGUGCGCUGGAUGUCGCCGGAGAGUCUCGUCGACGGGUUGUUCACCACACAGUCGGAUGUGUGGGCCUUUGGAGUGCUCUGCUGGGAGAUCCUCACACUGGGCCAGCAGCCGUAUGCGGCGAGGAACAACUUCGAGGUGCUGGCCCAUGUCAAGGAGGGCGGACGGCUCCAGCAGCCGCCCAUGUGUACGGAGAAGCUUUACUCCCUGCUCCUGCUUUGCUGGCGAACGGAUCCGUGGGAGCGACCCAGUUUCCGGCGCUGCUACAACACACUCCAUGCCAUCAGCACCGAUUUGCGGCGCACCCAAAUGGCCUCGGCAACUGCGGAUACGGUUGUCAGCUGCUCCAGGCCGGAGUUCAAGGUGCGAUUCGAUGGCCAGCCGCUGGAGGAGCAUAGAGAGCACAAUGAGCGGCCGGAGGAUGAGAACCUGACGCUGCGGGAAGUGCCGCUCAAGGAUAAGCAACUGUAUGCAAACGAGGGAGUCUCGCGACUUUAGAAAGGUGACUCCCAUGUCCUUCACAAAGGUCGUCUCAAAACGAUUAGCUUUCCAUUUAAUCUAAGUUCUAAGUUUAAUAUGUACGAGAAUAUAAAAUGGUCGAUGAGGAUGGCAAGUUUGUAUUCUAUUUCAGAUUAAGAUACUUUUUUUUUUCUUCUCAGAUACAGGAAUUAUGGGCAAGCGCAUUGCCUAUAAGUUUUAUUUGCACCGCUAUUUAUUUAUUUUCUUUAAUAUUUCAAUUAAUGGAUAGACUUAAAUAUAUUAUAAAAUUUUUGGUACU